GUGACCGUGAGUUUUUUAUCUGUGUAAUCGUAACAGAACUCGAAAAGCUAUCAACAUGACGAUCAGCAAGAACAACAAGAUGCUACAGCACAUCAACUACAGGAUGCGUGUAAUUCUUCAGGAUAGCCGCAUCUUCAUUGGCACAUUCAAGGCGUUCGACAAACAUAUGAACCUCAUCCUUGGUGACUGCGAAGAAUUUCGCAAAGUUAAGGGGAAAAGCCAAGCGCGACAUGGAGAUCGUGAAGAAAAACGAGUCCUGGGCCUUGUGUUGCUUCGCGGCGAGAAUAUUGUGUCUUUGACCGUCGAGGGACCUCCGCCACCAGAGGAGGGGCUGCCGCGUGUGCCAAUUCCUGGUGCUGCCCCUGGACCAGGCAUUGGGCGUGCUGCCGGAAGAGGCAUUCCAGCUGCACCUGUUGGAGCUGCACCUGCUGGCCUCCAGGGUCCUGUUCGUGGUGUUGGUGGGCCUUCGGCCCAAGUAAUGGCCCCGCAAGCAGGCCGUGGUGGUACUCCCUUACCACCAGGAGCAGUGGGUGUGUCUGCCCCACCGCAAGUGCGCCCGCCUGCAGCUUUAGGAUUGCGAGCACCUCCUGGCAUGAUGGGCGGACCUCCUGGUAUGAUGGGGCGGGGCAUGCCUCCACCACCACCAGGUGGGAUACCUAUGGCUGGCCGGCCUCCUAUGGGACCUCCUCCUCCGGGCAUGCGUGGCCCCCCUCCUCCAGGCUUGAUGAGAGCAGGCCCUCCUCCUCCUGGCAUGAGACCACCACCAAGGCAGUGAAGGCAGAUAUUGACUAUUCUCAAAGUGAGAUGUAUAUAUUCAUUACUUUCUUCCACUCACCUUUGUUU